GCGGUUAGUUGAUCGGAACCCUUCGGCCCGUCCGACACCUUUUGCUAUUUCACCGAAUCCCAUGUUGCUUGCCUGCUUACUAUCAUGACGCUCUUCAAAGACUAUCUGGAGCAAAAGGCCAAGUUUUAUUCUCCUGAUCCAGUGGGCUCAGCUGGGGAAAUUGCCAUAGAUGUUACACCCUUUGAAGUGGCGCUGCUCAGCGAGGAUUGGAAACCAGUGGCAGGCUGGCGUGAUCGCGACAUGGUGGACGCACUUUUAUCCGCAUUAGACCGUUACCUCCAGGAUCGACCUCUACCAGUCCUAGAAGAACAAUUAGAUUUCGCCUUCCAGCCAAUGAGAGACCGUUAUGGUUCAGAUACAGCCUGGCGGCAAAAUACGAAUGAGACUCAAGCAAGGAGAAUGGUUUAUCACGGUGCUAUCUCUGCUUUGAACGACGUAAUGGAAGCUCUUGACCUCGCUGUCAAUAUUCUCGAGGAUCUUCCCCCUCCGAACACGGCAUUUCAUUCGAAGGUAGAUUAUGCAAUUUACCGGGGCAGGCGCAAGAUAUGCGUUGAUGUUAAGUCCUGGAGCGUCAUGAUUGAUGCUUUGAGUAUGCUUGAGCGACCAUCCUUUCACAUAGAACUGGUGCCCGGUAGAGACUCAGCGAAGAAAAUAAUCAACAACGCGUGCCUAUACAUGGCUUCCCAUAAGGCCAACUGGCUCGCAUUGACGUGUCACCAUAAAUGGAUCUUUCUCCGACUUCACAACCGACCUGCUAACGGUACUCAAGGUCCGUACAUUACGUAUUCUAGUGUGGAGGAGCAGCCCAACAACACGAAACCGUUUCGUGCGUUGCUCGCAAUGAUGCUCGCCGCUGAAGAGGGGCUUGAAAUCGAGUCAAAAGCCGAUCUGAGCGUCCCACUACUAUCGAUUGAGGAGGAAGAUAAAGAAGAUUCAAAUAAACCGCAAGUUGAUCCUGACGAAAACACAAGCGGUGCAUACCACAGAUGGGGUAAAGCACCAAGGCAGAGACUACUUCGCACUCAGAGCAAUAAAGAUUCAGAAAAUCAACCAAACCAAUCCGCCGAUAUCAUGAUCAGUUGGACGCAACGCCAAGCUCCAGUUACCAAAUGGUUCUCGUUCUCCAGUGUCGAUAAAAGCGGUCCGUAUCUGUCUUUAGGUCAAGGACCUGUCCAACUCCGCCUGCAACGUUUGCUGGGCCACGGUAGUACGGGUGUUGUAUAUGAGGCAAAACGUGAUGCCAGUGGAAACGAUGAGACAACGGAUUCACAGUCGUAUGCUCUGAAGGUGGUACGCAAGGGUGAGCGUGAAGAGGAGGAAGGCGCCCUCAAACGCAUGUAUAAUGAAUCCAGCGCCUAUCGCGUAAUUGAGCAAGCUAGGAAGAACGGGAAGAUAGGAGCUGUAGUGCCUCGGUGCUAUGGGCUGUUCGAGUCGCAGCACAUGCUGUUAUUAGUCCUGGACUGCGAAGGAAUGGCGCUUGAUCCUCAAGAUUGGACAUCUAUGGCGCAACGUGACAAGGUUCAGAUCUUCAAUAUGAUCAGUGCUCUUCAUAGGAUCGGAAUUGAGCACUGCGACCUUGAACCACGAAAUAUCGUCCGCACGGCUGAUGGUUCGUAUAAGAUCAUCGACUUAUCGUCGUCUUCGUUCCAUGAUUGUCCAGGCAUCAAAGAGUUACCCUGGUAUACUAGGGGUGGCGAACAAUGCUACGAGCUUAAGUAUAUGUAUAAGGAGCUCAUCGGUAAACGUCCAUUACAUGUCCACGGAGUGACGGACGUGUAUUAGUUGGACAUACAGUUGUCCGCUUCAUUGCACAUCUACGUAAGGGCGAUCCAUCCAUAUCGACUUCCUUUUCCUCACUGGCCCACCGACCCCAAACUACGAGAAAAUCGACGCUGCAGUUACGGUAAGCCUGAAUUGUAAUUAUCGUCAUCAUUCCCCGACGCCCUGGUCCCAGAAGUUUGCACUUAGUGAGUGCAGUAUUAACAUACGGUUCACAAGGACGCAAGCAAGUCCGAAUAACAAAAAUGAACCCUAGUCACCGAGGUCGUGGUCUGCAUGAAAUGUACGACGUAUACCGUAAGGAGUGACU